GUGGGGCACUCAGACACCAGCUGGUGGGGGGCAGGCACCGGAGACAGGAGGGGAGCUGGGGCUGGAAAUGGGGAAGCCCCGCUGGGAAGAGCAGAGGGAAGUGACUGAGGUCAAUCAAGCCAGGCGCUAUCAGACGGACGACGCCGUGAAGCUGCUGCUGCGACGCUUUUACACCCUGCAGGGGGAGCGGGUGGAAGCCUAUCGGCUCUUUGAGGAGGGCCACCGGGCAUAUCUGAGCAGUGGGCCGCACUACGACUUCCUCCGCUACCGGCAGCUGGUGCAUGAGAUCACACUGGCCUUCAGCGGCAUCUCCCGGGAGAUCCUGCAGAUCAAGGAGCAGCUCCAGGUGGAGCACGGGCGGCCGGAGCUCGCCCAACACCUGUCCAGGGUCCAGCAAAAGGAGAAGGAGAAGCUAGAGCUGACGGCCCAGCUGCAGCUCGCCAGGCAGAACGUGCAGGACCAGCCCGGCGUGCCGGCCCACCAGCAGGAGGUGCAAGAGCUGAAAUACAAGCUAAUUAAAACCAUUGAGGCAAUCAGCGAAAUUCUCCAGGACCUCAAGUACGAUUCGGAAGAAGCCGAGUGAUGGGUCUCCCCGUGGGAAUGGCCGGAGGAGGCGGGAAGCACUGGAGGGGGCCAGCUGGGUGGAGCGCUGGGCUGCACUGCAGGGCUCUUGCUCACGUCGGGGUCUCGCUCCCCAUGGCGGGAUCCUCUCCCCAGCAAACCCCUGCGAGAGACACGUCCAGGGCCCGCUCUGCCAGGCGGGCAGCGGCCUUUGCAACGGAGGAGCAGCUCGACGCUGGGCUGUCCCAGCACAGGGGCAGGUUUGCUAAAGGGCUCCACAGCCAGCAGCUCCCAGUGGGAACAAUGGGGAACCCCCCUCCCGUGCUGAGUGCAAUGGAGAACCCCCCACUGAGAGCAUCGGGGCUGAGCUCCUUUGACAAGCUUUCCCCUAGCGUCCAGUUCGGUGCCGGGUGGGGGCCCUCGAGCCCAUUGGGCAGCCGAGACAUGUCGCUGUCUGUCCAGCAGGGCUGAACGCCCCCUCCCCCCAAGCCCCCUCCCCGCAGAGCCAGGGGCCCUUUGAGUGCCGACAGAGCCAAACCUGCAGAUUUGGGGAGGGAUCUUGCAAGUGCCAAGGUGGCUGUGGGGGGUUUCCAUGCUCCUAAAUCCUCUGGGUGCUUGGGAACCCCCCCCCCCCCCCGCGCAGCAAAGUGUUUUAACCGCGGGCUGCGACCUCUUUCAAGGCAGUUUGUUCUAAGAAUGAAGCGAAGAGCUCUGGCGCUAUGAAGGCAGGGAACGUUCUGCGGCGCGGUCUUGUGCUCGCCGACUGCUGUGGCGGCGCUGGUUUGUGGCUCAAUAAAAGGCAGGCUGGAGCUCAGAA